GCGGGAGGUGGCGAGGCCAGGGCAGGGUGGCAGAAGCCCGCGCGGCGACCGCAGCGAGAGCAGCGGGGACAGAGCAGACCACAACGAAGGCGCACAGGCAGCGGGGCCGGGCCGGGCCACCGGGAGAGCGGCCACCGGGAAGCGGGCGGGAGGCCGGGCUGGCAGCUGGCAGCCGCCGAGCCGCGAAGCGACAUGGUGCUGCUCAAGGAAUAUCGGGUCAUCCUGCCUGUGUCUGUAGAUGAGUAUCAAGUGGGGCAGCUGUACUCUGUGGCUGAAGCCAGUAAAAAUGAAACUGGUGGUGGGGAAGGUGUGGAGGUCCUGGUGAACGAGCCCUACGAGAAGGAUGAUGGCGAGAAAGGCCAGUACACACACAAGAUCUACCACUUACAGAGCAAAGUUCCCACGUUUGUUCGAAUGCUGGCCCCAGAAGGCGCCCUGAAUAUACAUGAGAAAGCCUGGAAUGCCUACCCUUACUGCAGAACCGUUAUUACAAAUGAGUACAUGAAGGAAGACUUUCUCAUUAAAAUUGAAACCUGGCACAAGCCAGACCUUGGCACCCAGGAGAAUGUGCAUAAACUGGAGCCUGAGGCAUGGAAACAUGUGGAAGCUAUAUAUAUAGACAUCGCUGAUCGAAGCCAAGUACUUAGCAAGGAUUACAAGGCAGAGGAAGACCCAGCAAAAUUUAAAUCUAUCAAAACAGGACGAGGACCAUUGGGCCCGAAUUGGAAGCAAGAACUUGUCAAUCAGAAGGACUGCCCAUAUAUGUGUGCAUACAAACUGGUUACUGUCAAGUUCAAGUGGUGGGGCUUGCAGAACAAAGUGGAAAACUUUAUACAUAAGCAAGAGAAGCGUCUGUUUACAAACUUUCACAGGCAGCUGUUCUGUUGGCUUGAUAAAUGGGUUGAUCUGACUAUGGAUGACAUUCGGAGGAUGGAAGAAGAGACGAAGAGACAGCUGGAUGAGAUGAGACAAAAGGACCCCGUGAAAGGAAUGACAGCAGAUGACUAGCGCUACCGCCCUUUCUGCACUUUUUGCAAGACAGUGGUCCACAGGAAGGCCCAGCAGCUCCACCCUCCUGAGUGGCAGGCCAUCUUUGGACGCAGCCUUUCUGUGCUCAUUCUUCAGGCAACUUUCAGUCCCUUACUAUAGCUAUUUCUAGAUGCCCUUUAACAUUGUGAACAAAUAGACCGUCUGGUAUUAUAAAGCCUGUGUGUGCGGGAGCCUGAUCCUCUAAGAUAUAUGGUGUAUGCUGCUGUAUUUACAGCUCAUCCUCUCUCCAUUGUGCCCUGACCCAUUUCUGUAUGCCCUCCCCCUUUAUUUCCAAGUGACGUUCUCAUUCUUUCAAAUGUGCUGCCUUUGUGAUGUGAUUAUUUAAGCUCACUUAUUUCAGCCUUGGGAUAAGCUGAGCUAUUUUGCUUCCUGGGCAGAUCUUUGGCAAUGUUGAAUAUUCACUUGGGGAGAGAGGAGGAGUUAAAAAUACAGAGACACCUACCCUAGCUCCUCACAAUAGGAAUGUGGCUUCAGAACCCUGACCUCUGCUCCUAGUAACCUCUUGUUCGCGUGCUCUAAGCACCAAGAAGGCACCCAAGGCCCAGCCAGUCUAAGAAAAUUUAGCAAAUAAUAAAUAACCCCUACUCG